UUAAUUAAUUAUUUAAUUCAAUUUAAAUAAAGCAUCACUGUUGACGCCACUUGAAAUACACACUUUCGAAAGUAUUGUGGCGAGCUGGAGAGAGACACUGCAGUAAAGCAAUGAUAAAAUCCUUCAAACAAGCAUUUCAAUCAACAGGACCAGAUAUUCCAAAAUUUUCCACACCUGAGUCUGAGCCAGCGAAGGACUAUGAAGAACGUCGUUAUGAAGCAACAAAGUGGGCAAGCACGGUGAUUGAAGGAGAGGUGGAAAAGGAAGCAGUGAAAAAAGGAUUUAAGAAGUUGUACAGCUAUAUCCAGGGCAAGAAUGACAAGGGGGUGAAAAUUGAAAUGAUCUCUCCAGUCAUUAACCUGGUAACCCAUGGAAGCUCCAACUACACUGUGUCCUUUUUCUUGCCCGCUUCUUAUCAGAGCAACCCCCCUGCUCCUACUCAAAGUGGCAUCUUCAUUGAGGAGAAGAGAGCGAUGACAGUAUUUGUUCGGUCAUUUGGAGGUUUCACUUCAACACAGAGAAACGCUGAGAAUGCCCGACUGUUAGCAGAAAGCCUGAAGAGAGAUGGGAGACCCUACCACGAGGAGUUCUACUACACCGCUGGAUAUGACAGUCCUUUUAAACUGAUCAACCGGCGCAAUGAAGUGUGGUUGCUAAAGCGGGACUGAAGUGCUGCUUGAGUAUAUGGUUGUCAUCCAAUUUUUCCGUUUUUUUUUUUUUUGUUGUUGUUGUUUGGAGUCUUAGAGGCUGGCAGUUUGACAGAACUUGGUGUAUAAAGCCUAACUACAUCCAUAAAGGAUUCGGCACAUGUGAAUUACAGUAAAAAAUGGAAUUAAAAAGGGAAACCGGGGAAAGUGUUCUAUUUUCAUUCAUGUGCUUUGUUGACUUAGUAAAGUGUGUAAAAAUCUUUCAAUGAGUGUUCUAUCCCAAGUCUUGUCAGUAUUUCUUAGUGCAUGUCUGUGUAAUGUACAUUCUUACAACAGACGGUGAGGAAAUACUUUUUGGACUAAUUGAAGAAAUUAACGAUAUUUAUAUAGUCACCGCUACAUAAGUAACACCACUCAAGAUUUGUUUAAGGGAAACGAGCAGUUGAGUGUUCAAUUUAGGACGCACACUGGGUACUAGAAGAACCCCACUUUUACCAGAAUUUGGAAUCUAAUAUAUAAACUGUAAAUUUGUUUAAUUUGUUGUAUCCAGUUAAUUAUUUAGUCAAGAAGUAGCCAAGCAUGGCUUUCUGGCCAAUUUUAAUGACUAAUGGAUGUUUCAUUGGCAUGUGUACAUAGUAGCUUGUGUAACACAGCAAUGCAACAGUUUAAUUCAACAUUCUAUGAAAAAAGGAUUCAUAUAAAUUCAGGUCCCUUUUGUAACCAUUAUAGUAAAGCACAUCGUAGCCCCACAUCUCACCCAUAGCCUGGCCUAUCACAGUCAACAAUUGGAGUUCCAUCAUUUGGUCCUCAAAGGUCAAUUCAAAUGGCCACUGUUCAGUCACCUGCUCUAGUGGAUUUAACUCAACCCAAGUUCCUAAACAAUAGGGACAACAGACCUAUAAAGUAAGAGCUGUAGAAAAAAGAAAGCUCAGUGUGAAUUACCACAAAAGUAAAUUAAGACCAAUGAGUACUGAUAAUGAUGAAAAGUAGCAUUUUUCAGAGUGUAUCCACAUUGACAGUGGAAUUUGAGAAUUUAUUCUUAUUUUUGUCAGGGGCUGAUUAAAUCUGUAUUUUGUUUCAAUAGAUAAAAUGGAACAAAUUUGUCAGCUUUUAGUCUUUUCUUGCUGCUUUGAAUUGCCAAAUAAGUUCAUUCGAGUCAGGUUUCGGGGAGCGGCAAUAAUCUUGAAAUCAUUGAGAAUAAGAUAGAAACCAACUGCAGUCAGGGUUCCAGACUAUUGCUGGGCAUAUUAAAUCAAACAUGAACACUCCCUCAUAUGUUCAUUUUCAAACUUGCUUAAUUCAUUUCAGGAUCACAGAGGGUAGCAGUCUAUUCUAGUAUGACUGGACAUAAGGCAGGACCCAACUCUGGGAAGAAUGUUUGCCUAUUGGGGGCACUCAAACACAAACCAACACUUACUCAUUUGAAGCCAGAUCUAAUUCAAUAACUAAUCUAACACAGAAAUAUGUAUGAAGAGAAAAACUGCACAGAGAAAGGUGACUGCUUGGAUUUAACACCCAGAUAUCACUCCAAUCACAGCUAUAACAUCUAUGUAUUUUUAUUAGGUCAUAUUUUGAAAAUUUUCAUACAAGCACAAAAGACUGUGAGAGGCAUAGUGGCACAGCAGGUAGCACUGCUGCCUCACAGAUCUAGUAUCCUGGGUACAAAUCUCAUGCUUGGUUGUUGUUCUUGUGCUGAUUCUGCACAUUCUCCCUGUGUCUGAGUGGGUUUUGCUCCCACUUCCUUAGAGUGUGUGUAUGUGAACCCUGCAAUGAACUGGUAUCCUCUUCAAGACUUUGUCCUGCCUUGUGUCUAAUGCUACUAGAAUGGCCUCUGGACUCAAGUAAGACUGAACUGAAUUAAGUGGUUUGACAAUGUAAUUUCACAAAAGGGUGUAUAUAAUCUUGUAUAACUAUAUUAAUUCCUGUAUAUGACUUUUUAUAUUCAUAAACUAAACAUUAUUUAUUCAUUAAUGAUUAAGCUAAACUCGUUUUCUGCAUUACCAUGACAAGAAAGCAAUAUAACAAGUGAGGACUGGUAAUCAAUAUGACAAAAAUAUCCAAAUAAUAUUUUUUUUAUUCCAAAUGAACUAAAAUUAUGUUUACUUUAGG